CAGCUCACUUCAUCACUUUAUCAUCCCCGCAAGCAUCAUCGCCUACCUUGUAGCUGCAGAUACUGAUUCAAAUUCUCCGCUCGGACCCAUGACCAUCAGGGUUGAGCUUCAGAAGAUUGGAAUUCUUGGACUCCAGCUAAUAUGGCACUUCCUACACUUUAUUGUUAGCUCAUUUUACUUUGUGGUUGGUAUUGCCACAACACUUGAAAGCUAUUUGAUCUCUUGUGGAUUCCUACGCAAGUACAAUUGUCUUAAUAUAGACAGGGUCCAACAUCUUGCCAUUGUGGUUGAAAGUGAUGAAGCUUAUAAUACCUUAAAAAUUAUUGAACUUCUGCAAUGGUUAGCAUCCCUGGGUAUUAGAAGCGUCUGCUUAUAUGAUGUCGAAGGGGUGCUAAAGCAAUCCAAGGAAAUCAUUUUGAAGAAAGUAAAGCAUGCAUCGGUAUUUCAGACUAAUGAACCUGUCCAACUAAACUGUAAAGGCAUUACUCUGGAGUUCCUUUCAGUUUCUGAUGGAAAAGAAGCCAUUGUCAGAGCGGGUAAUUUUAUUCUUGCAAAUAAGUGGAGGAAAACCAGCAUGAGUGGAGCCCAUGAGCAACUCAUUUCUGAAUCUCAGAUGACUGAUGCUCUAAAAGCAGUUGGUUGUGGAGGGCCUCAGCCCGACCUAAUUUUAGUAUAUGGACCUACAAGAUGUCACUUGGGGUUUCCUGCAUGGAGAAUCCCCUACACUGAGAUUCUACACAUGGGAGCAUUGAAGUCCAUGAAAUAUGGUUCCCUAGUAAAGGCCAUUUACAAGUUUACCAUGGUCCGGCAGAACUAUGGUAAAUGAACUGAAGCAUUGCUGGAUUCUAGAGUAAAUGGAAGGCCAGUGAAUCAAAGGGUGUUUAGAAGUUUUGGACAGUUUUGAUUUGAUUUCAUGGAUCUUCAAAUUUACUCAGGAUUCUAUCAGUUCAUCGGUCUUUCGAUUACUGUAAAGGGUUAAUAAAAAUUGGCAAUUAUAAUAACACACACCAAGCCAAUAACCCGAGCAUAGUACAGAUGGUCAGUAUUUAGUACCUCUCCCCAUAAGUUGUAUGUUGAAAAUCUUCUUUCACUAUCAUCUUUAGUGCUAAAAAAUAAAAAUAUAUUGUGUUUCAAGGUAUAACCUACCUUUUCUAAUGUACCAUUACUUGUCGUU